AUGGGCGUCGCCACCAUGUCCUCUCUCCCCGGUCUCUCCAAGACCACCACCACCAGCAAGGCUGCCGUCUCCUCCGGUGGAUUCCAUCUCUUCCGUGUCCGCGCUGACAUCAAGCCCCGCCCCAUGGUCCUUGGGAUCCUCGCCUUCGAUGCUGCAAAGACCAUGUCCCGCCUCGUCGCCCUCUACAAAUCCCUCACCGAUGCGGAGUUCGCCCGCCUCCGGAAGGAGAUCAUCCGGUCCGAGGGCGUCGCGUACCUGAACUCCCGGGACGAGUGUCUCCUCAUCAACCUCGCCUGCGCCGAGCGGCUCGAGGACCUUGAGGGCGCCGCAGAUGCCGUCUCCCGCCUCUGCGUGCGGUGCUCGGACCGCAUCCUCAGCCGGUUCGAUCUUGUCUAUGCCGACCUCAAGCAUGGGCUGAUGGACAUCGGCAAGCUCGACUACGGAUCGCGGAAAGCGAACCGGAAUGUCCAGAAGAUAGAGAAGUACCUCUCCAAGACGGCAAGCUUGUACUCGGCAUUGGAAUCGCUUGCAGAGAUGGAGACAUCAGAAAGAAAAUUGAAGCAAUGGAAGAAAAGCUUCACAGCGAACCAAUUGCAGAAGACGAACUUCGAUCUCUUCGAAAGCAAGAUCACCUUCCAAAGGAAGCAGGUGCGAAGCUUGAAGGACGUUUCGCUCUGGAACAAGACCUUCGACAAGGUCGUUGGCCUAAUGGCAAAUCUCGUGUGCGUCGUGUAUGCCCGGAUCUGCGUCCUCUUUGGGCCCUACAUUUCCGACCUGCCGAGCGCCAUAAAGCGAAAGCAGCAGCAGCAGCAUCACAUCCGCGUCCACCCGGAGAUAUUCGCGCCAAUCACGUAUAGAGGCGAGAGCCACCACAGCAUAUCGAAUUCGGGCCCCAUCACAUCCACGUCCAAGAAAUCGGUCCUCCCCAAGUUCUACAGCCGUGAAUUGAACCUCAGCAUGUUGCCAUGGCCCGACGAGGCCUCGCUCCAGGCUGGGCUAAUGCUCGGAAAUAGUUGUGUGAGCCAGGAAUCAUCAGGUGGCAAUGUACGGCGCAACAACGUGGUGUUCCACUCGGCGGCACUGACAACGGUGGGUGGGGCAGGGCUGGCGUUGCGGUAUGCAAACGUGAUCAUGAUGGCCGAGCGGUUCCUGCAGGGGCCGGGGAGCAUGGGAGACGAUGCGCGGGGGCAGGUGUACGAGAUGCUGCCAGCGCAGCUGAGGGAGAAGGUGAGGGCGAAACUGAGGGGGCUCCGGAGCGGGGGCAGGGGAGGGGGGAGGGAGAUGGCAGAGGGGUGGAGGGAGGCGGUGGAGAGGAUGAUGGGGUGGCUGGGGCCCAUGGCGGAGGACACUAUGAGGUGGCAGGCAGAGCGGAACAUGGAGAAGCAGAGGCCGGGGAGCUUGGACGCGAAGGGGAGGGUGUUGCUGAUCCAGACGCUGCACUUCGCCGACCUGGAGAAGACGGAGGCCGCCAUUGUGGAGGUGCUUGUAGGAUUGAGUUGUAUAUAUAGGUACGAGGAUACGCGGUCGUCUUACUACGGGUCUGAUUAG